CGUAGCUGUUUUACCGCGUCAAUCCAAUUCAUUCAGUAGUCAUGUUUUCAAUCCAUCCACUAAAAGAAAAGUCACUCCAAUAUACAGCCGCGCUUACAAGUCUAUUGGCAACUAUAUCUAGUGGUUUACACUUAGGAUGGACUUCACCUUACUUACAAUUUCUUCUAAGCAAAGAUUCCCCAAUUCCAAUGACUAACGAUCAAUCGGCAUGGGUGGCAACGGUGUACAUGGUUGGGGGUCCUUUCGGAGCCCUUUUUACUGGUGCCGUCUUGGACCUAAUAGGAAGAAAAACUGUAUUAUUAGCGUCAAGUUUGGCAUUCUUUGUGUCGUGGAUGUUAAUAGCGUUUGCAACAACACUACAUGAACUCUUAAUUGGUCGAUUUUUUGCGGGUUUUUGUGAUGGAUUAAUAUUCGGUGCGAUCCCAAUUUAUUUUGGAGAAAUUUUGUAUCCUGAAAUACGCGGGCUAUUGGGUUGCAGCAUUACAAUCGCUUUUCAGAUAGGAACUGUACUUAUGAACGUUAUCGGCUCAUAUCUUACCAUUCGAGAUUCCGCGUUGGUGUUUUCAGUGAUACCAGUGCUUUUUCUUGUAACGUUCAUUUGGAUGCCGGAGUCUCCGAAUUACUUUUUAAUUAAAGGCAAAACGGCAAAAGCGAAACGUUGUUUAGUUGCACUUAAAGGCGAACGUGCUGACGAAACAAUGAGUUCAAUUUCGAUGGCAAUUGAAAAAGAAAAUUUAAAACGCACCCGAUUCGCUGACCUGUUCAAAAAAGUUAAUAGACGAAGUUUGCUCAUUGUGAUAGCACUACGCAUGACACAAGAAUUUAGUGGCGUGGUCGCAUUUACGUUCUAUGCCCAAACGAUAUUUGAAGAGGCUGGAGAUGCAAUUUCACCAUUGUUAUCUACUGUUAUCUUCUAUGUGGUACAAAUUGUAUUUUCCUUCAUAAGUUCACUGUUCGUGGACAAAAUCGGAAGAAGGCCUUUACUGAUAACUUCCACGGUAGGAUCAGGUGUUACUUUACUAGGAGGAGGAAUAUUUUUCCUGAUGAGAGAUGUAGUGGUACUAGAUACCGCCUCAAUUACCUGGUUACCAACUGUCAUUUUAAUUAUAUUUAUUAUUAGUUUUAGUUUAGGCUUACAAACUAUGCCUCUCUUCAUUGGGUCGGAGAUUUUCCCAACGAAUGUUAAAGCAUAUGCUGGCGCUAUUUCUGAUGUGUUUUAUUAUGCUUUUGCUGGAAUUUCCUCUAAGUAUUUUCAGUUCACCAAAGAUGAAUACGGAAUGUAUGUUCCAUUCUUUUCUUUUGCAAUUUGCUGUGGCGUUGGAUUAAUUCUCAUAAUAUAUUUUGUACCUGAAUCUAAAAAUAAAACUUUAGAACAGAUCCAAACAGAACUAAAUACCAUACAACAGACUGCAAAAUGAAAGAUAAUUCUUUGGUCAUUGCAUUAAUAAUUAAUAAAUUUCCUAAUCAUUAUCCUUUGCGAUAAUUUAAUGAGAGUUUUGCGUGAUCGUUUACUUAAAUUUCCCUUUAAGGCAAAUUAAGAGAAGCUCCCCCUCCA